GAAAAAUUUAGAAAAUUGUUGGAAAAGCCAUUGAAAACACUAGGAUAUGAAGAACAGCUGAUGGAAAAUGACUUUACUAAAUGUUUAAGACAAGAAAUUGUGAAAUGGGCAUGUACCCUCCAAUACGAUGAGUGCGAACGAUCAGCUCUUCGCAAAUUAGAGCAUCAUCUCGAGAAUCAUGAAAGCAGGCCCCUUUUAUCUUGGUGGAAGCACUGGACAUACUGCAAUGGUUUACGAAUAGCUAAUUCUUCUAUAUGGUCAGACGUAACAGAUUUCUUAAAAAAAUAUGACCGUAAAUUGUUAUCGUUCCUAACUUGUUCUGAAUAUGGUACAUUUACUUCUUUAUCAUUUUUGGAGCUAUUCACAGAAGAUGAAAGACAUGAUAUUACAAUUAUUCGAUUACAUAUAGACAUUUUUCAUUCAAUUAUUAUGAAACAUUCUAACGCAUAUGACGUACUCGAAAAGAUACUUAUAUCUUUAGAACUUAGAAGACCUACACAAGUAAACAUAUUAACAGCGCUGGUUGAUAUCAUUAAUCAUGUAUAUUCUUACAAGAAUCUUAAGAAGGUUCAAGAUUAUGUAACAGGAAUUAGCUACUUAAACGAAUCACAAAUUUUAAAAAUUGUAAGAAAGAUACAAAGAAGAUUGUCAGAAAUUGUCGAUCAUAAAGGACAUUUUCGAUUUAUGAACAUUCAUUAA